AUUUAUGCCUUCUGGACAGGCUAUGCUACAGUAUAUAAUAAUGUAACAUUAUUUUGUAAUUUAAAUAAUUUGAAGAAACAAACAUUAUUAAGUCUGUCUGGAAAGUAUUUGACCGAAUGUAACUGGCUUACGCAGCCAUGUAACAUCCACCUAAAUACACCUGUGGUUGUGUCAUGUAAACAAGGGUGAGUGUAUGGCAUGCGCAGGUCAACUCAUUAACCUGAACACAGCUAUUAUUGUUAUGUACAGCCCUGCAGUCAUUACAUAAAGCCUAUACUGCUGUAUGCAAAGGCUCCCACAGAUUACAGUGAGGAUUUGCUUUAAUUGGAUCAGUGAUAGACUUAAACUCUGCAUUUAGUUGCAAGAUGUGAAAACAAACAGGUGGGCUUGUCUGUUGUCUAGGCUAUAAAGGCUCCCUCUUGGUGUUUACAGGGGCAUUCUCUACAGAGACAUUUUGACAGCGAACAACGUUUGGAGAUCUACUACCUUUCUACAGCUCCAUAAUGGACUUCCAAAUGUUGUCUCUGUUGAUGGUGGUGCUGGCCUGCGUGGAGCAGAGCCUGGCCUCCUGUGUGGUGGAGAGUUUCACCGUGAAAGAAGACUUCGACCCCAAGAGAUACGCAGGGAAGUGGUACGCUUUGCAGAAGAAGGAUCCGGAAGGUCUUUUCCUCGAGGACAACAUCUCAGCCGAGUACACCAUCGGGGACGACGGGUCCAUGGUCGCCGCCUCAAGGGGCAGAGUCACCCUGUUUGGGUUCUGGGUGGUGUGUGCCGACAUGGCAGCCCAGUACUCCGUUCCCGACCCCACCACCCCCGGCAAGAUGUUCAUGAACUACCAGGGCCUGGCCAGCUACCUGUCCAGUGGAGGUGACAACUACUGGGUGAUCGACACGGACUACGACAACUACGCCAUCACCUACGCCUGCCGCACGCUGAAGGAGGACGGGAGCUGUGAUGACGGCUACUCCCUGAUCUUCUCCCGUAACCCCCGCGGCAUGCCCCCGCCCAUCCAGAGGCUCGUGAGGCAGAAGCAGGAGGAGCUCUGCAUGGUGGGACAGUACUCGCCCGUCCUGCAGUCCGGAGCUUGCUAAACUCAUCCAAGCCCAAGGUUUUCCAGUGAACUCCUGCAUUGUGCUGGACUGCUCUACCUGCGGGGGCCAUGGUCUUCUCAAAAAAAAACGUGGAUUGUACGAGUGACCAGUAUUUCUUUAACACCGACCGUGAUGAUAUCUGAAUGUAUACACUUAUGCAGUACAAGUACAAUACUAUCUCCCCUCAGUAAAAAAAACAACAUUCUCAAUGUUUAUCAGUGUAAUGCCAAAUACAAUAACUACAAAUAGGAAAGAAUCCUUUACAGUAUCGCCACAUUAUUGAGGAACACCUUCCUUGUUUCAUCAGUUUGUUUUGGUGACAAUAAAUUUUACAGA